GGACUAAAUUUUUUUUCUCCGUUGAUCAAGCAUUUAGUAAUGUGUUUAUACUAAGUACAAAUUGAUAUUCACAAUUUCUGUUACUUCGACCAUUGUGAUGAAAAGUUGUUUUUACUGCUUACUUUGUGGACAAACACUCUUGCACACACACUCGAAUUAAUAUAUGCGCAUAAAUAGCACGCUGAAAAUAUUUGUUCAAACAUUAUUUAGCAACCCAGAGAUCCUGAAGUACAAAUAAAGAUUAUUAUUUUAUAUAUGUAAAUAGUACAACAUUCAAGGAAUACAUAGAAGAAGAGUAAAGCCAGAAAAUGCCUGAAUUGAAAGCUAUUAUCAAAAGUGUUGAUAUGUCUGAUGAAAUGCAACAGGAUGCUGUAGAUAUGUGUGCUAUUGCGCUUAAAAAAUACACACUUGGAAAAGAUAUUGCAGCUUUUAUGAAAAAAGAAUUUGAUAGAAAGUAUUCACCAACUUGGCAUUGUGUUGUUGGAACUAAUUUUGGCACGUACAUAUCACAUGAAGAGAAACAUUUCAUCUAUUUCUUCCUAGACAAUCAUGCUGUGGUGCUAUUCAGAACUGGAGGAGUUAACUGACUGUAGAAAAAGUUGACGAAAUGCUUAAAUUCAGUUUUUAUAUCCAAUUGACUUCAUAAGCACAAUGGUGCCUACUUUACAAUAUUCCUACUCUUUGUUUUAACUCUAGCUGAAUAUAUUUAUGUAUACACGCUACAUUUAUCUUAUUAAGUGAAGAGAUGAUUUCAAUGUGAUAAAUUUUUAACAUAUAGAAGUUUAAUUUGAAAUUUUUCAAAGUAUUUUCAUCAUUUAUAUGAGUAUGUUUUUGAUGAGUGAAUAUCCUCAUCAAAGGAAUUGCCGCAUGCUCUUCCUUUGAUAUAUAUAUAUAUAUAUACCAAGAUGUGUCACUGAAUUUUAUAAAUUAUUAAUAAACUUAUCUACAAGUGUAUUGCCAAUGUUGUGUUGAAAAUUUUGGUAGAAAUACAUAUUCAGAAUAUCGA